UCGGUUGUCAUCCAGUUCGGGAAUGCGCGCCACACCGUCGACGGUGGGCAUGUGAAGUUGCGAAAGACGAAGAAGAAACUAUCACUUCGCCUGGAUUGUGUCUUAUCAGCAGCAGCGGCAACGUAGAGGGGAGACUUUGAGUGGGUGGGAAAUCGUAGAGUUGUGAUUGCAUUUUCUGUGUCGAUUUGAUUUCGGGAAAUUUUGAUGUUCGGUUGAUUGUUUCAAGAUAGAUGUUUCAAUUUGAAUAAAUGUUCGACUAGCUUAGUGCCCAAGCAAAAAUAAAAAAAAAGCUUACCGCUUACGUAGAGUGCCCUUUGAUUGCCGUUAUCGGUGGCAGGUAGUGAUAGUGUGAUAGUGGUAAUUACGUAUAGUGAAGUAGCAGAAUUUUAUCCACGUAGUAGUGAUUUCCUGUAGUUUGUCGGGAAGCGUUUAUGAAGCCGUCCUGUGGCAAGCCGGGAAGCAACAAUUUGUUGGAGGCGGUCGAUGAUUGCCCGAUCUGGAACGGGGCAGCGGGAGCGGGAGUGCAAUUCUCACACGUGCAUUUUUAAUAAGUAAACCUUGAAGAAAACCAGACGCGCUUCGAGUGCUGCGAAAGUGUUGAAAAUUGUUCAUAUGUGAAGCGAAAGUCGUUGGCUGAAAAUCCAAUUAGAAGACAACGAUAGUUUGCUUGGGAAUUGAGAACAAGCACACGGAGAACAACAAGCUGGAUAAUUUGCUGGCGGUGUUGUGGGAGUUGUGAUACUUUGUUGUAUGUAGAAAGGGAAAAAUCUGAAUGCAGUGAAAAAGUUUGAUAACCACUGAAGAAAGUGUUCCGUACACUGCGGGGAAUAUGUGUUCGGUUACUUUUGAUGGAUCGAAGGAUAUUUGCCGUUCACAUUUAGUUUGAUUGGAUUGCAAGAACACCCAACAAUAGAGCAAAACAAUCGAUAGCAUUUGGAAGUAUUUUUGAAAUCAAUUUAGACUCAGCACUCAUCUCUCCGAAGCACUUCAAAACAAGAGCCAACUGGAGAAAAAAAGUUGAACCAAACCAAAACGGAAGUGACGACGAAAACAACCAUUCCAAGUUGAAUCAACUGGAAGGGAAAUCGGUGAGUGAGCUUCUUUCCCAAUUCAAAAUUAGAAGCAACAAAAGUGAAACAGCUUGUAGCAAAAUCGAUUGAUUGGCAUCGAAGAGAAAAAAAAAAUAGAAAAGAAAUCACCACCGAAAGCGGUGGGAAUCUUUAGUGCGUUUUUGUGUACAAUUUUUUGUUUGUUGUCAACUGCCAAAGUCAUCGCAGCAGCGGAAACGGUGAGGAGAUUCGGAGAAAAGGUGCCGAAAGAGCGGAAGUGAGAUUCGGUUUUUGCUGAAAAGAAAGCAAUAGAGAAGAAAAGUGAUAAAAAUGGCACCCGGAUUCUUCGCUCCCGUUCGAAACGGGUCUUUCACUGCUUGAGUGUCAUCGCCGUCGUUUGACAGCGGUAUAGAGCAUCGUCCGGUUGCAGUGAAGCGGGUGUUCGGUUUUUCAAGUGGCUGAGGAAGAGGAAGUGAAAUCCUUUGCUAGAACGUGGAAAGGCUGAUAUUCAACCCCCGGUUUGUUGGUUGGUUUUUGUGCUUGUGGGUAGGAAAUUAGCGCAGAAGGAUCCCUAAAUAGGAAACCCUGCCGGUCAGAUCGUUGGUUUUGCUGUGGAUACUUCAGCGCAAGAUAUUGGAGGAAGCUUCGGAAAUCUCUUCCCCUUUGGAGUUCCUGGUACGACGACGCACGCUCGCACCAUUCUCGUCAGCGGAAGAUAAAGGUCUCCGCAAGUCACCAGCAGGACUAAUUAUUCCCCCUCGUGAAAGCAGCCGCAGCGACAACGGUUCAAGAUUAAUGGCCAAUUAAUUUGUCCAAACCCUGCUCACCAUCGUCACACCUCUCCGCGGAGGCAUAUAAUAAAAAAUACACAAGAACCCUAGAACCACCAAGUGCUCCUAGAUGGCAAUGACUCUUAAUUUGAGUAAACCACUCACUGACACGAAACACCAACCGCGACUCAAACCACAGACCAGCAGCAGCACCAGCGGUGGCGGCAUCCGGCCGUAUCAGGAUACCUAAGCCUCAACGUUCGUUCACUCCCUACUACCUGAGCCUAGGCGGCAGAAGGUGAAAAAAGCACCACCCCAAUUUAAGAGAAUAACAUCUUCAUUACCAUCCAUCCCCCGGAAGAUUCUGAAAAUUGUUGUUAUUGCCCGGUAGAUGACCAACAAAAUGGCAAAACAUCAUCAUCAUCAUCAACAUCAGCAGAACACGAACCGGUCCCCACGCCUUCGCUACCUGGGCUCGUCCCACUCCCAGUCGUUUAUGAGCGAAUGCGGCGAAAUGACCGAGAUGAUGUCGCUGGACGAGUCGGACAAUUUACUGGAUGAGCGCUAUGGCGUUUCCGGGCCGGCUAUUCAGGUCAUCAGCGGUACUGCCUACAACGGGGGUGGGGUGGCAACGGCUGGUACAGGCGCUAAAUCGAGUCAACAGCAGCAGCAGCAGCAGCAACAACAACAACAACAACUGCAGCGUCUGGAAGAGUUGGGCAUUAGCCUUGGCGACGGGAGUUACAAUAGUAAGCUGCUGUCACCGGCGGUAACAAUUGUGGAAAUGACCACCGGAGGGCUGCUACCGAAUGCGGGCAAUUUGAGGCAGAAGAAUUUCAAAAACAAAUCUGCAGCCGCGGCGGCCAUGGCUGCCUCCGGGGAACAGGCGUCGCUGAGUGCGGUUGGUCUCCAACUGUCGGUGGACCGCGGUGGUCCGCAGGAGUGGGGUGAAGCAACGCGCAGCUACGUGAAAGCCCAACGGCGGCACGCUGGACGGGCCACAUUCCAGGGCCAGGUGUACAAUUUCUUGGAGCGCCCCGCCGGCUACAAGUGCUUUAUUUACCAUGUCUCAGUGUUUAUGCUCGUGUUGGUGUGUCUGAUAUUUAGCGUACUGUCGACGAUCGAACAGUACAGUAACUUUGCGAACGAGACCUUAUUCUGGAUGGAGAUCUGCCUGGUGGUGUUCUUCGGCGUGGAAUACCUGGUGCGACUCUGGUCCGCCGGCUGCCGGUCCAAGUACAUGGGCUUCUGCGGCCGGCUCCGGUUCAUCCGCAAGCCGAUUUGUAUUAUAGAUUUAAUAGUAGUAGUAGCAUCGAUGGUUGUGCUGACAGUUGGCUCAAAUGGACAAGUGUUCGCCACCAGUGCCAUCCGAGGCAUCCGGUUUCUGCAGAUCCUCCGGAUGCUGCACGUGGACCGGCAGGGUGGCACCUGGCGGCUGCUCGGAUCCGUCGUUUUCAUUCAUCGGCAGGAAUUGAUAACGACGCUGUACAUUGGUUUCCUGGGGCUAAUAUUUAGCUCGUAUUUUGUGUACCUAGCGGAAAAGGACGUCACCGGUCCGGACGGGCGGCAGGACUUUGCCAGCUAUGCCGAUGCACUGUGGUGGGGCGUCAUCACCGUGACGACUAUUGGCUACGGCGACACGGUACCGCAGACGUGGAUGGGCAAAAUAGUGGCGUCCUGUUUCAGCGUGUUUGCAAUCUCGUUCUUCGCACUUCCGGCGGGUAUCCUCGGAUCCGGCUUUGCGCUCAAAGUUCAACAGAAGCAGCGCCAGAAGCACUUCAACCGCCAGAUCCCGGCGGCGGCCAUGCUGAUCCAGUGUCUCUGGCGGUGCUACGCCGCCGACAAGAGCUUCCACUCGGACGCCACCUGGCAGAUCUACGUCAAGUCGGACGACCAGAACACCAACAACUCCAACACCAGCACAGCCCUCCCCGCGCAGCUGGGCAAAACCCUAAUGGUACAGGUGGCGAGACGCGGCGCAUCGGUUCUGAAACGGCGAAAGUCCCGAAACCGGAUGGAAGCACCUGGAAUGAAGAACGCCUCAGCGACGGCAGCGUUGACUUCCGCCAAUGCCGGCUCCGGUACGGUUGGGCCACCGUCGGCUACGACCGCUGCAACGGUGGGAACUCCGGGACCAGGUUCUAGUGCGGGACCAGCAGCAGCAGCGCUGAUAGGAAGCGAGAAUACUCUCAAUACGCCGGUCACACCGGCGGCCGAUUCGAACCUGUCCAAAAGUGAAUCGGAUGGGGACGUUGUCUUCUACAUGGAGGAACCACGGGCGGCGGGUACGCCAUCGCGGACACGAAGAAACGAUCCGAACCGGGGUGCAUUCGUCAGCCAAAACAGCUCAGUAACGGAAGCACCCAGCGACGAGGUGGAAGCAGAACCGGAAGCGGAUGAUGAUCCGGAACCGGCCCGAGUGACGAAACUGACGGAGGCGCACCGGAAUGCAAUCCGUGCCAUCCGAAAAAUCAAGUACUUCGUCGCUCGGCGCAAAUUCCAGCAGGCCCGCAAACCGUACGACGUCCGCGAUGUGAUCGAACAGUACUCCCAGGGCCACCUGAACAUGAUGGUCCGCAUUAAGGAGCUGCAGCGGCGGUUGGACCAGACCUUGGGCAAGCCGGGCAGCUACCUGACCGGGAUCGAUCGGGUCGGUAACAUCAAACCGAUGACCGUCGGCGCUCGGCUGUACCGCGUCGAGCAGCAACUAUCUGUGAUGGAUAAGAAAUUAGAUCAAUUAACCCAUGCCAUUAACUCAAUGACGAUGCAGCAGAAGAUGAUAUUACCCCCAAUCCAAACGCAAAUGUUCCAACAGCAGCAAAUGGCGGUCGCCCUGAGCCAAAUGCCCCCGUUGCAGCUGCCCCCGGCUCCCUCGCAAGCGAACUCGCCAACGCCGACCAAAUGCCUCGAGGAUGAUGUAUAA